AUGACUACUUUCUAUCAGACAGGUGUUGCAUUCAGCCAAUUGGCCAGACGCAAGGGUGUGACCACGGACCCUUCCAAUACGGGCUGGGGAGCCCUUUGCGACAGUCAUCCAGCCUUUGGCACCUGGGCAGCAGAAGUGACAUACACACCUGGAUAUAAGAAGACUCCUCCACCUGUUCCAUCUCGUUCCACCACUAAGCCUCUGAUUUCCGUAACAGCACAGAGCAGCACAGAGUCAAUGCAGGAUGCUUACCAAGAGGGCCGGCUGUCGCGCACAGGGCUUGGGGCACCGGACAGUCUUGGCCGGGUUCUUUACAUCUCCCCUGACAGCCUGGACAGUGCUAAGGCUGUGACUCUAGCAAUGGAGACUCCCGGGUCCAAGCGACUCACAUCCGCAGGGAGCUAUAGCUCUGUGCAGACGUGUGAUAAGGCCAUUCUGGUGUCCAAAGCAGAGGAAUACCUCAAGACUCCACGCUCUUCCAUCGGUAUACAGGUGGAAGCGGCCAUAGAUUCUGAGACAGAUAGUAAAGGUCUCCCACAGUAUCAGUCCGUGGGUGUCCAAGUAGAGGACGAGAAGCGACUUGGGCGCUUUAAACGGUCCAAUAGUGUGACCACGGCAGUUCAGGCAGAUUUGGAGCUGGAGGGGUUUCCUUCAACAGAGGACAAGAGUCUGCAGUUUGGCGGAUUCCAGCGGCACUCUGAACCUAGUACGCCCACACAGUACAGCGCGGUCCGGACCGUACGGACACAGGGCCUGUUCAGCUACAGGGAGGAUUACCGGCCCUCCAGCGGACCGCCCAGCCCGCAGCCCGAACCCUGGCUCGUAGAACCUGCUCAUGAAGCAGCUGAGUCCGGCCGCGUGUCACCCCUUCGUCACGACGGCAGCUGGUUCAUGCAGCUUCUGCACAGUGAGACCAAACGUCUGGAGGGAUGGUGCAAAGAUAUGGAACGUGAGGCGGAGGAGCAUGACUUGUCAGAAGAGAUUCUUGGGAAGAUCCGGAGUGCUGUAGGCAGCGCUCACCUCCUCAUGUCCCAGAAAUUCCAGCAGUUUUACUGGUUGUGUCAGCAAAAUCUGGACCCCAGUGCCAUGCCCCGGCCCACGGCUCAAGAUCUGGCUGGGUUCUGGGAUCUCCUGCAGCUCUCCAUUGAUGAUGUCACUGCCAAGUUUGAUGAGCUUCAGCAAAUUAAGAGCAAUGAUUGGAGGAUAGUGGAGAGUCCGGAGAAGAAGGAAAGAAAAUGGACGCCUCCUGUUUCAAAAAGGCCUCCUAAAGGUCGUGGAGGGGUCAUGCGCGAGCGCUCCUUGGACCUGCAGGAUCGACAGAGGCAAGAGGCCCGGCGCAGAUUGAUGGCUGCUAAACGGGCUGCGUCUUUCCGUCAGAGCUCAGCAACGGAGCGGGCCGACAGCAUAGAGAUCUACAUCCCAGAAGCCCAAACCCGUUUAUGAAACACACACAUCCAGCUACACCUUUCUCACACCAAUCCGCUUCACCGACAGGGUACAUCCAUUCUGCUCCAUGUCAAAACUCCACCCGCACACAUUCUCACAUCUGUUACACAUCUUCUUUAUGAUUCACUUCUUCCUCUGCUAUAAUUUCAGCUCAUUUGGAGAUAAUCUAGUCUGAGCUGAGACAAUAGUGGUGAGUUUAUAAAUGCCUCAAACAGAGCUCCAUGCAAGGAGAUCAUGGCAGUCUAUGCACUGCAAGACAUGCAGCUUCUGUGCCCAGUUUGUGUUUUAGUUUUAGUAUGUAUGUACAGGCACAAUAAAUGCUCGCUUCCGAAAACAUCUUAUUUCGAUAGCAUUGGCACAAACUUAAUGUCAGAGCUAGUCAGUUCAUGUACACUGUAAAAAAUCCUUUGCUUAAAGGGAUAGUUCACCCAAAAAUGAAAUGUUCUCAUUAUUUAC